AGUGUCAUUGUUUAUAUCGCUGGCCUGCUCGGCUGCAGUGUACUCGGUCCGUGCGAGUUAGUCUUAUAGAAUAGAUGAACUUACUUUAAAAUCUUUUUGUUGUUGUUUGAGUACAUAGUUAGGGGGCGGGGGUUGGUGGGAGCAGAGGGCUGGUUUCUGCGGAUUUGCUUUGAUUGCACUUGGUUGGAACAGACCAGGAGCUGGAAGUUUCCAAGGAAAUUUAAACGAGUUGAGCUUCGGUGUGGCGCCGGCGAUGGGAAUUUAACUCCGGUUUGGUGGGCGCAGUCCAGGGGCACAGACUCACCUCGGCGCCAGUGCGGGCAGGCAGACCAAAGCUGAACUGGUCCGGACGCAGGGAGAAGGGAGGGAGAUUGCCUCCGGUGAAAUUUGCAACGGGGGGUUAAAAGUAUCCGAGCCUCAGGGAUGGCGAAGGAUCACCUCAAACCGCGCCUGUGCCAUAUGAUAAAAGAGGAGAGUGGUUAUGGUUUUCACCUGCACGGCGAGAGGGGGAAACCCGGGCAGUACAUCCGCAAAGUGGAGCCCGGCUCUCCCGCAGAGGCGUCGGGGCUGAGCGCAGGAGACCGGGUCAUUGAAGUUAACGGGCACAAUGUGGAGAAGGAGACUCAUCACCAGGUUGUGCAGCGGAUCAAAGCGAUGGAGCAUGAAACACGGCUGCUGGUGGUGGACAAGGAGACGGAUGAAUACUUGCGAAACCAGCACCUUGCUGGCACGGGGGACUAUGAUCAGAAUCUCACUCCAGACAACUCCAAGGACAACGGGCAGGUGUGGAAGCAGCAAGUAAUAAUAAGCAGUGGAGAGCCCACAAGGUUAUCCAACAGGUCCAUUGAUGGGAACAGGAAGGAACUCAAUGGACAAGCCAAGGAGUUCUGUCCUCGGCUCUGCUGCAUGAAGAAAAGCCCAAAUGGCUACGGAUUUAACCUUCACAGUGAGAAAGCAAAGCCUGGGCAAUUCAUCCGGUCUGUGGAUCCAGACUCCUGUGCAGCUAAAGCUGGUCUCCGCCCUCAGGAUAGAGUUGUGGAGGUGAACGGUGUCAACAUUGAAGGGAAGAAACACAGCGAGGUUGUGGCUUGUAUCAAGGCCAGUGAAGAGGAAGCCAGGCUGCUGGUGGUGGAUCCAGAGACCGAUCAGUACUUCAAGAAACUGGGAAUAACUCCGACAGAGUCGCAUCUGAGAGGACCCCUGCCACAGCCACUUGCAAACGGAUCUCCACGGACACAGAUUAAUGGAGAAACCCCCACAUCCCUCAACCAUGGCUAUUACAGCCCUAAAGAGGGGACAGAGGUGAAGGGAGACGUGGACAAUGAUCCAUUUGUAGAGAGCGGAUUGAAUUUAAGUCCCACAGCGGCUGAAACCAGAGAGAAAGUGCAAGCUAAACGCAAGAACAAGAGGGCACCUCAGAUGGAUUGGAACAAGAAGCAUGAAAUCUUCAGCAACUUUUAAUGGACUAUCCUAUCGAACUCUUCAGUGAUCCUGACCUUUGGCAUCUUCAGUUAAUUAAUCUUCACUUAUCUAUUUGGUGUCAUGGCAGAGUAAAAAUCGCCUGUUAACGUGUGAUUGUUAGAAGACUGUGACCAAAGCUUUCCUUUUUUUUUCUGCUUGGGGUAUAACUUGCAACAGACCUGCUGUAGUGUGGUUCUAAUCCUGCUUGUGGUCUGAUGUACGUCUUUCACCAACUAUUUCCCUCUUUGUGCUCAGGACCCGAAGUUUGAUACUCCAAAUGGCCAUGAUAACAUGGUAGAAUGAUCGGGCUAUUUGAUGUGGGGGCCAGAGUCACUUUGCAAAGCAGAAUUAGUCUUUUAUGAAAUCUGAGCGCAAACAUUUUGUUUGAUCUUAUUAACCCGCAGGCUAUGAAACCAUUCACUCGAGCAGUGUCUGACUUUUUCCUUAAGUGUUUUCAGAGAUGACUGGCGAGCAAUAGCUCACCUUACCUGAUCUUGUCUUUUCAUGUUGUCACAGGCUGGACAGUGGUUUAAUUGCAAAGUCUUAUUAAAUUUAAUGACAACUUAGAUAAUGUGAGUUGGGUAGGGGGGGAGGUGUGCGUUCCUAAGCAUUACAGCCUUAAUGUAAUACACUAUAUAGAGGAACCAGAUUACUGCACAUAAGAAAUGUAUUAACUCUUUUUGUAUGCUAACUGCUGUUUUAAGCAGCACUGAAAAUAUUUUUUACAUUUUUCCCCUUAGAACAUUUUCACGAGGUUUUUAUUGAUAGUAAUCCGUUAUGAAGUGUACUGAGUUAUUUCGAGAGCACAUUAGGGCGUCAAUGGAGGUUAAAUAUUGGUUUAUUGGCACAGUACUGUUUCAAGUUGGUAAGAUGCAUUUAAUUCUUUCACUGAUUAUCUAGCAAUGAACACACACAUUUCGCAAAGCAUCUAGAUCAGUAGAAAACUCAGAAGUAAGCUUAAUUUGACCACAAUUUUAUUGAGUCUAUAACCCAAAGAGUAAAGACAUUGGUACUAACCAAAUGCUGUAACAUUCAGUCAAUAUUCAAGUUGUUCCCUGUUGAAUAAAAUAGUGGCAUUUAUUUACACCGUGCAUUCUAAGGAUCCCUGUGUGUUUGUGGUCACUUGAGAUGGGGAGAAUUAAGAAAGACAAGUUUGGGGUGGUUGAUGAUGGAUUUGCUGCAGUUGUUGAAAAUUGUAAAGAGAAUGGAUUCGCUUAUAGAGAGGAUAUUUUAGGAUCUGACCAGCACCUGUUUUCUGUUAAUUUCUCCCAACUUUCCAACCCCAAAAUUCUGUUGUAUAAUCAUUAUCAUUAACUUCACCCUGAGCCUGUAUGUUCUUGCUGAAAAGGUCUUUUUUUGCACCAAUCUGUAUUCUGUGGAUUAAUGAUUCCUCCCUGAGCUUCAUUCUUAACUUUUGCCUUUUGCAUUACUCAAUUCUGAACCUAUAUUUUGUUUGAACCCAAGAUCAAAUCUAGGUUCCACCUUAUGAAUUUACAUCCUCCUGGUAUUGAUCAACUAGAAACAUCUCACAGGAGGCUGGGUGAAGUGUGCGCACCCAGGUUAGACACGACCUUUUGCAUUUAAUGCUGGAAAAAAAAAGUGGAAGAACUUUCAAAGAUCUUUUGACAAAUUGGUGGGAAUACUCAGCAGCUCAGGCAGAAACUGUGAGGACAGAAAUGGUCAACGUUUCAGGUCAAUGACCUUUCAUCUGAAUCUCUCCGACAAGAGGUGAUAGCCCCGGAAUGUUAACCCUGACUACCUCUCCACAGAUGAUGCCAACAGAUUGAGUAUUCCCAGUAAUUUUUUUCCUGUAUUUAUUUCCUGUUUUGAGAAUCUUUUGUUUUGCUUCUUUAAUACUUGUUUGGAAUGCUGGAAGUCCACUCCUGAUAAACACAAGAGGCUAGGAAUGAGUUGUUUUCAAGUAAAAGGUAUACAAUUCUGGACUGUGCUGCAAUGUUUAAACUGAUGUCUCAACCAGCUCUGCAGACAGGAAUCAUCUUUGCUUUCUAGCUGAAUACUUUGCAGUUAAUAAUGUAAGAUGGAUAGCUACUUAAAGGAAAUUGAUAUAAACCUGCAGAUAUCUGAUUCCAGUGAUUUGUGCCGUUAUUAUGCCUUACACUUAGUUUGAAAAUCUCAAAUAAGCACAUUUCAGUAACUUGUAUAAUAGACUGUGCUAUGUGCAUACUGUAUAUUGUUAAUAAAUGUAUUUCAGCAUGAUA